AUCCUCGCUGAUAUUUGUCAUUUGUGGAUUUAUGAAGAAUAGCCAUUCUGACAGGUGCCUGUGCAACCAGGUCCCCCUGCCUCGAUGGAUUAUACGCUCGAGCCCAGUGUGACAGUAAUUGACUACUACUACCCCGACAGCCUCUCAAGCCCCUGCGAUGUGGAAAUUACUCAGACAGAGGGCAGGUUGCUUCUUGCUGUCUUUUACUGCCUCCUGUUUGUAUUUGGCUUUCUCGGGAACAGCCUAGUCAUCCUGGUCCUUGUUUUCUGCAAGAAGCUGAAGAGCAUCACAGACAUAUACCUCUUGAACCUGGCGCUGUCGGACCUGCUUUUUGUCUUCUCCUUCCCCUUUCUGACACACUAUCACCUCCACCAGUGGGUGUUUGGGACUGUCAUGUGUAAGGUGGUCUCUGGCUUUUAUUACAUUGGCUUCUUCAGCAGCAUGUUUUUUAUCACCCUCAUGAGUGUGGACAGGUACCUGGCCAUUGUCCACGCCGUGUAUGCCAUGAGGGUGAGGACAGCUAGGAUGGGCACGGCCCUGACCCUGGUGGUGUGGCUGACCGCCGGCAUGGCCACCAGCCCACUGGUGGUAUUUUAUCAAGUGUCCUCUGAAGAUGGCGUCCUAGAGUGUUACUCAUAUUACGAUCAACAGACUGUAAAGUGGAAGCUCUUCAUCCACUUUGAAAUGAACAUCUUAGGCCUGUUGAUCCCAUUCACCAUCCUCCUGUUCUGCUACAUUAGCAUCCUGCACCAGCUGAAGAAUUGCCAAAACCAAAACAAGGCCAAGGCCAUCAAGUUGGUGCUCAUCGUGGUCAUUGUAUCAUUAGUCUUCUGGGUCCCCUUCAAUGUAGUCCUCUUCCUCACUUCCCUGCAUGACCUGCACGUCCUGGAUGGGUGUCUCAUGAACCAGCGGCUGACGUACGCCACCUAUGUCACGGAAAUCAUUUCCUUCGCUCACUGCUGUGUCAACCCCGUUAUCUAUGCUUUCAUGGGCGAGAAGUUCAAGAAACACGUCUCGGAAAUAUUUCAGAAAAUUUGCAACCACAUGCUCCUCUACGUAAGAACAAUCCCCAAGGAACACAGGGAGAAGUCCUUACCUUCUCAGCACUCCUUCCGCUCCUCCAGCAUGGACUACAUUCUGUGAGCACACGGCCCCUGGACUGGCCGCCGCUUUCGCCGCCAGGCCUCCUCCAGAGACAGACGGGGUGUGUGCUGCGCUCUGAGUAUCCCUUCACUCUCAGAAAGACUCUUACACAUACCCUGACCGAGGAUCAAACCUGCAACCUAGGCAUGUGCCCUGACUAGGAUUCAAACCUGUGACAUUUCGGUUUACAGGACAACAUUCCAACCAACUGAGCCACAGCGGUCAGGGCCAAAAAGGCAUGCAGACGAUUACUGUUAACCUAAGAGGCUGCCAAACUGGGAUUCCAGAGCGCCAAGUCUCAAAGCGGUGGGAGCCCCAUCCUGUCUGCUGGAUCAGCCAGCGAGUCCCCAGUCUUCUCACCAGUGCCCCCUGCUCCCCGGGCAGGGCUGCCCCGCUGCGUGGCCUGGAGCAGGCUCAGUUUUGGAAGACAAGACUGUGAGCGCAGCCAGCACCCCGGGAGGGGCCGCCGUGCUGGACGCAAGAUAUAGUUCAUAUCAAAUGCAGUCCUACAGCUGCAAGUCAGUCUCCUCCACUUCCAGAGACUGUGGAAAUAGUGAAUAUAUUAUGCCAUUAAGCAUAAUAUUUGUUUUUUUUCCAGUUUUCUGAGUGUCUUUAUGAUAUAUGAAUUUAAAUUUUAUCCAACGCUUUUUUUUCUUAUCACUUGAAGUGAUCAUAUAGUUUCUCCAUUAUUCUGUUAAUGUGGUGAACCACAUUGAUUGAUUCUUAGCUUAAAUCAACAUGUAUUUUCCCUGGGGGAAAAAUGGCCUCUUGGUGUGAUCAUUUAAAAAAAAAAUCACCAAAUUCUGUGUGAUUUUUGUACCUAUGUUGACAAGAGAUAUUGUCCUGAAAUUUCUUCUUCUUACAAUGCCAUGGUUAGGUUUGGCCUCCAAAAGUGUGUUGGGAAGUAUUCCCUUUUCUGUGAUUCUCUGAACGAGUUUUUAUAAAAAAUUGAUAUUAUUUCUUCCUUGGAUGUUUGGUGAAAAUCAUUAGUGAAGCUGUCUGGGGAUUCUCUUUGGGAGAUUUCACACUAUGCAUUCAGUUUCUUUGGCAGGUAGAGAUGAUUCAGAUUUUCUAUCUUUGCUUGUCUCAGUUUUUGAAAGUUGUUAUUUUUAAGAAUUUUUCCCACUUUAUCUAAAUUGUCAAACGUAUCCGUCUACAAUUCUUCCUAAUGUCCUCACAUAGUCUGUUUUAAUGCAGAAGGAUUUGAAGUCAUUUCCUUUUUCCUGAUUUUGGUCAUUUGUGCUUUCUCUCCUUUCCUGGAUCAGUUUCAUGUUCUGGAUCAGUAUCACUUUUACUCAUCCUUUCAAUGAACCAGCUUUUGGCUUUGUUGAGUUUCUGUUUUUUGUCUUUUCAUUAAUUUCUGCUCCUAUCUUUAUCUUACCUGUUUUCUUUGGGUUUCAUUUACUCUUUUAUUCUAGCUUCUUGAAUCUUAGAUUAUUGAUCGUCAACAACAAACAAAUAAAAAACCCUCUGCAACGGGGCCUAAACAUCCUUGCAGAGCCAGCCUCGUGCAUCUUCCUCAUCCCUCGUGCCCUACUGUCCCAUCCCGGCCUCCA